AUGUCAGUUGUCAGUCAUUAAAAUUUGAAAGCAAAAUAUGUAACGGCUCUUUUAUGUCAAUAUUUAUAAGUAACUAGUAACUAAAUUAAAGAUCGUUUACAGCCAGAUAUUUCGAUUAUUGUGUUUAUUUUAUAAAAUAGAAUGGAAAGUCCUGCUCUCUAUCUUGUAGAAGAGCGAAUAAAAACAUUUAAAAAGUGGCCGUUCACAGAUAAAAACAAGUGCAAUAUACGAAAUAUGGCAGAGGCAGGAUUUUAUUCAGUGGCCACUGGCGAAGAUGACGCUGACGCUGCAAAAUGUUUUCUCUGCGGUAAGGAAUUGGAUGGUUGGGAAGCUGAUGACGACCCAUGGGGAGAACAUAAAAGUCACGCUGCCAAGUGUGCGUUCGUGCAACUUGGUAAAAAGGAAGACGAAUUACUAUUGUCAGAAAUGUUGUCAGUUGUCAAACAAUACAUGGUAAAUGAAGUCAAACAUGUUGCAGAGGUUACAAAGGAAAAAAUUGAUGAGAGAGCCAAACUAGUUAAAAGACAAUGCAUGACGAGGAAAUGAUAAAUAUAUGAACUAAUUGUGGACAAAUGUAUACCCAUGUUAAUGUAAUAUGAUAUUCUUAGAUAUAAUAUUAUUUAGUAUUAACAGACAUUACUUAUAUAUGUAAACAGUAGAUAUUAAGUCAAGUUGGUAUUUGAGACAAUCCAAUAAAUUUAUUUGUAUUAAAUAAAACAUGACUAUUCUAAUGGAUGAAGAAAAGUAAACAAAAGAAUAAUCAUAAGAUGGAGUUACAGUCUUAGCAAUAAGGCAGUGAAAGAACUAAUUUACUUGUAAUGCUUAACACAGAAAAAAUAUUUAACUAGUUGUCUUAAUUUAUAAUUUAUUUGAUAAAAUUGUAUUUAGGCAAUUAAUUGUUAUUGAAAUGUUAUGGAAUCAAUAUAAUAAACUGAUGUCACAUAAA